UCACACUCUGUCUCUCUCACCCCCUUUCCUCUCUCCGGCGGCCCCCAAAAAAACUUCGCUUAAACCUCAAAUUCCCUCCUUUCUCUUUUUUUAUUUGGUGGCCAGCAGGUAUGGCUUUCUUUAACACUCUACUCUUCGCAGUGUUCCUCUUCAUUUCUCUCGCCUCUCUCUCUUCUUCAUCCUCCCCUUCCAUUCACGAUCUCCUCCGGUCCAAGGGUUUGCCGGCGGGUCUCCUGCCGGAGGAGGUAAAGUCCUACACCUUAUCGGAGGACGGACUGUUAGAGGUCUUUCUCCAGGGGCCCUGCUUGACGAAAUACGAGAACAGAGUCCUCUUCGAAAGCGUGGUGAGAGCUAACCUCACUUAUGGCAGCCUUAUUGGAGUCGAGGGUCUGUCUCAGGAAGAGCUUUUUCUGUGGCUACCUGUUAAAGAUAUCAUAGUGGAUGAUCCCAAGUCAGGUUUGAUUCUCUUCGACAUUGGGGUCGCUCACAAACAGCUCUCCCUCUCUCUCUUCGAAGAUCCACCUCACUGCAAGCCCCAAGGUGAGUUGAGGAAUCAUGUGAGGAAGGAGAAAGGAUUCGAGGCGGUGAGAUAGAAAAGAUGCAGACCACUCUGGCUUGAGGAAUCGGUUAUUGUCUUUUUCUCUGUCUUGUUCAUAUAUAGUUUUCGCCUUUGAGUUUUCAGUGUGAAAGUAGGUUUGGUGUUAUAUAGCAGCAGAGAAAGCCGAGAGCUUGUAAGGAGAGAGAGAGAGAGAGAGAGAGAAGCAAAACGCCGGAAUCCCAAUGUCCUAAUCAAAUUAUAAGUUCUGAUCUUCAUGGUUGUGUUGGAUGUUCAGUUGCUGUGAUAUGAGUGGAGAUGAGUAAGAAAGCAAAGAAUCAAGUAUAUAUCUAUACUAAGUUUUGAUAAA